AUGCUGAAGAUUACUCAAAAAUGAUUGCAACAGUACCUUGACAGGGAACUGCCAGAAAUUGAGGCCAGAUUCAGAAGAGGACGUGGAACAAGGAAUAUCAUUGCUGAUGUCAAAUGGAUCCUGGCUGAAACAGAGAAUACCAGAAGGAUGUUUACCUGUGUUUUAUUGACUAUGCAAAGGCAUUCGACUGUGUGAAUCAUAACAAAUUAUGGAUAACAUUGUGAAGAAUGGGAAUUCCAGAACACUUAAUUGUGCUCAUGAGGAACUGUACUUAGACCAAGAGGCAGUUGUUCAAACAGAACCAGGGGAUACUGCGUGGUUUAAGACCAGGAAAGGUACGUCAGCGUUGUAUCCUUUUACUGUACUUAAUCUGUAUGCUGAGCAAAUCACUCGAGACGCUAGACUACAUGAAGAAGAACAGGGCACCAGGAUUGGAGGAAGACUCAAUAACAACCUGUGAUAGACAGACGACACAACCUUGCUUGCUGAAAGUGAAGAGGACUCGAAGCACUUAGUGAUGAAGAUGAAAGACUACAGCCUUCAGUUUGUGUUAUACCUUAACAUAAAGAAAACAGAAACCCUCACAACUGGACCAGUAAGCAACAUCAAGAUAAAUGAAAAAAUAUUGGCCAGGAUUUCCUUUUACUUGGAUGCGCAAUCGACGACUGUGGAAGCAGCAAUCAGGAGAUGAAACGACGUAUUGGGAAAAUCUGCUGCAAAUGACCUCUUUAAAGUAUUAAAAAGCAAAGAUACCACCUUGACUAAGGUGCGUCUAACCCAAGUCGUGGUAUUGUCAGUCACCUCAUGCGUGUGAAAGCUGGACAAUGAAUAAGGAAGGCCAAAGAAAAAUGGAUGCCUUUGACUUAAGGUGUUGACAGAAAUAUUGAGUAUAUCAUGAACUGCCAGAAGAAUGAACAAAUCUGUCUUGGAAGAAGUAUGGCUAAAAUGCUCCUUAGAAGCAAGCAUGGCGCGACUUUCCCUUGCAUACUUUGGACAUGUUAUCAGGAGGGACCAGUCCCUGGAGAAGGACUUCAUGCCUGGUAGAGGGUCUGCAAAAAAGAGGAAGACCCUUAAUUAGAGGGAAUGCCACAGUGGCUGCAACAGUGGGCUCAAACAUAACUAUUAUGAGGACGGCACAGGGCUGGGCAGUGUUUUGUUCUGUUGUGCGUAGAGUUGCUAUGAGUCAAAACGACCUCGACGGCACAUAACAACAACAGACGCUACCGAAAACAAAUUUCAAACUGUAAAUUCAAAAUAUUUUUUGAAAGUGUGGCCUCCUCUAAAGGGUAUUCUCCAGGAAAACACUCUCCUUGGUGUCUGUCAAAUAAGGACAAAACAUGGAAUCGGCAUACUGCCUUCUUCCCAACAAGCCACAUAGCUGGAAGAAGAUUCUUCUUACACUAUUUUGCCUUUCCAGGAAAAAUUAUUAAACAAGUAUUAGAAUUGUAUAUUGAGUCUACCAGAAUUUAGAGUACUUUAUGAAGAGUUCAGAGUUGAGUGAUUUCUUUUUGUUCUUCAAAAAUAUUUUUUCUUACAAGUUGCUAUGUCUUGGAUCCAUAGUAUAUAAAAACUUAGGUUAAAGCUUUUGAGGAUGGCACAUGCAUUGGAAAAAGCCACUCAAAUUUUCUCAUCCCCUCACUGUUAAUAAAAUUAAAAAUAAACAAAAUUCUAGCAUUCUGCCAUUGGGAGAGUGUAAUGACUUCUCGGGUGAGCCUGGUGGAAGACUCUGAGUACUCCCUUUGCAUACUUUAUCCCUCGUAGCCUACUGUGUAUUGAGUUCUUAGAAAUCUAGUCCACAAAAUGAUGCUACCAGCUGAUACCAUAAAUGUUUGCCUCCUCGUAGGUGCCCGUUUUCUGAUCAUGAAAGCUCUCCCCAACCAACUUGCUGAAAUUUGUAUUCUCUGUGCCUCUUUUCCACAUGAGCUGCAUUUUUUCUUCUCCUUAUUAAAAGAAAAGCAAAUAGAAAUAACCAUGCAAAGCCCAUAACUCACAGCAUCAUCGAUGGACCUGUGUUUACUCAUACCGUAUAUUGGCUUCUAAUGUUGAUUCAGUUUUAAUUUGUAUGGUAAACUAAGUUAUUUCAAAUAGUGUUUCUUAGUUAUUGCUUUUUUUGUUUUUUUCCUUGACAUCAAAUAAUAAUUGUACCAUUUAUAUAAUUUCUGCUUUUGGAAGUAAAUGUUACAAAGAAGUGUGUUUGUAUUGGAAUAUUUGUUCCUAAUAAUUACGACGGAAACCCUGGUGGCAUAGUGGAUAAAACAAUAAAAUUAUGGAAAAUCAGUGAAAGGGACAAAAGACCAGAAGGGUAUAACUUGAAAGAGGAAGAUGGAAGGUAUAGAGAUCCUACUACAGUUACUACACUACGAGUACCAGUCUUUAGGCCCAUGGAUCUAAUGGUUGAGGCCAGUCCACGCAGAAUAUUUGCCAAUGCUCAUACAUAUCACAUCAACUCUAUUUCUAUUAAUAGUGAUUAUGAAACAUAUUUAUCUGCAGAUGAUUUGCGGAUUAAUCUUUGGCAUCUGGAAAUUACGGAUAGAAGUUUUAAUAUCGUGGACAUUAAGCCUGCCAAUAUGGAAGAGCUAACCGAGGUGAUUACAGCAGCAGAAUUCCAUCCAAACAGCUGUAACACAUUUGUAUACAGCAGCAGUAAAGGAACUAUUCGGUUAUGUGACAUGAGGGCAUCUGCCCUCUGUGAUAGACAUUCUAAAUUGUUUGAAGAACCUGAAGAUCCCAGUAACAGGUCAUUUUUUUCUGAAAUCAUCUCUUCUAUUUCUGAUGUAAAAUUCAGCCACAGUGGUCGAUAUAUGAUGACUAGAGACUAUUUGUCAGUCAAAAUUUGGGACUUAAAUAUGGAAAACAGGCCUGUGGAAACAUACCAGGUGCAUGAAUACCUCAGAAGUAAACUGUGUUCACUAUAUGAAAAUGACUGCAUAUUUGACAAAUUUGAAUGUUGUUGGAAUGGAUCUGACAGUGUUGUCAUGACUGGAUCUUACAAUAAUUUCUUCAGAAUGUUUGACAGGAACACAAAGCGAGACAUAACCCUAGAAGCAUCACGAGAAAACAAUAAACCUCGUACGAUUCUGAAGCCACGCAAAGUCUGUGCAAGUGGCAAGCGAAAGAAAGAUGAAAUAAGUGUUGACAGCCUAGACUUCAACAAGAAAAUACUUCAUACAGCCUGGCACCCCAAGGAAAAUAUCAUUGCUGUAGCCACUACAAACAAUCUGUAUAUAUUUCAAGACAAAGUAAAUUAGGGUUGGCAUUCCUAGCGGAAGAGUCCACUUCCUGCUUAGUUGAGAUAGUUGAAUUUAGCAUUCGUAUCUAUAAAAGAGAGAGGUCCAUUGUGGCACCCCUUUCCAGUGUUUAACAAUGUGCCAUUUGACAACGCAUUUUUAUAGCUACAUGGAGAAAGCUCUGUGGAUUCAUCACUGUGUUAUUCUCCAUGUCUGCUAGCCAUUUAGGUAAGGGUAGGGCACUUUUAAUUUAAAUGACUUCUUGCACCAUCUUGCCUAAUGGACUAGAUUGGACUGUAUCAACAUUGAUUUACUCCACUUUUUAUGCCUUCCAUUGUGAUGACGUCAAACACAGUGAAAGCCUUCAGUCAUGCUAUGGAAUUUAAUUGUGUAUCCUCAUACUGUAUCAUUUGUGGGGUACAUCCCUUCCCCUUUUUUUAAAUUAAACACAGCUCAUUCUUACUGUGGCUUGUAGCAUUCCUCUUCUGUGGCUUCCUGGACUCCUCCCCUUCAUCUCUCUUACCCUUGCCCCUCCACCCAGUCUUGGUGGUGGUGUAUUAAAAAAAAAAAAGGAACGAAAGCACACAAAAUGAGUCAGUUUGGGGUCAGUGGUAAAGGGGGGUAUGUGUUGCGAACAAAUGUUUUAAUAACAGUUGGCUGUAAUCACUCCUUGCCAUGUCUGGCACUGAAAAUAAGGAAAAAAAAAAAAAACUACUGAAUAAAAGUGACAAAGAA